CCUCUACUCUUCGCCCCACGUACAAAGCUGAAAGCGUUCUCUCCUCAUGAAGCACACGCGCACGGCACAUUCUUUGGAUGGAUUAUGCCCACCAUCCGGAUAUCCGAGUACACGGUUCUACAAAUCGUCGGCCUUGAUGCUGCCGUGCUGCUCAACUUCUACAAAAUGGCCUUUUCUCUCUUUUCCGUGUGUUCGUUAUUCGCGGUCGUAGUAUUGAUGCCUAUCAAUCUGAAGCACAAUAUCGACAUCGGAGAUGGCAGGGACGACGAUGAUGAGGAGACACUAAGGUCACUCAUUACCGCGAACGGCACGUCACCAGCGAUACCUGGGCAUGACUGGCUCGACCUCAUCAACGACGCCAACUCCUACCUCACCAUGCAUCUACUAUUCACCUACCUUUUCACGAGCAUCACACUCUACUUCAUUCACCGGAAUUACAAGAAAUUCGUUCGUGCGCGCCAGCUUUUCUCCCUCGAGCUUGUGCACUCAAUAUCGGCACGCACGGUCAUGGUCGCGCAGUUGCCUCCGCAGCUGCGAAACGAACGUGCGCUGGCAGAAUACUUCGAGGCCAUGGACAUGAGCGUUGAGAGCGUGAGCGUAUGUCGCGAAGUCGAGUCGCUCAAGGAGCUGCUUGACGAACGCACCGCCGCGCUGCUCAAGCUUGAGAGGGCGUGGGUUCACUACCUCGGGAAUCCGAGCCAUGCUGUGGAGGCUGACUCAAUCGAGCAGCCACUCAUCGAUGUUGAGAACAGUCGUCCGGAAGAUGCGGAACGACAGCGUCUUGUCAUGCCCAAUCGCAAGCGUCCAACACUGCGCCCUCACUUUUUUGGGUCCAAGGUCGACGCGCUACGGCACCUGGAGGAGAAGUUCAAGGAGGCCGACCUUGCCGUGCUCAGGCGACGCCUGACGGGCAAAUUCAAGCCGACACAUGCGGCGUUCGUGACAUUCGAGAAAAUGUCCAGUGCGCAAAUUGCGGUGCAAGUUGUUUAUGCUCCAGCUCCAGCUCAAUGCCGUACGUACCUCGCGCCUGAGCCACGAGACAUUAUCUGGGCGAAUAUGACGCUCGCACCUGGUUCUGCGCUCGCACGCGACUGGCUCGUGAUUGGCGCGAUGUUGCUGCUCCUGUUCUUCUGGGUCAUCCCGGUCACUGCCCUUGCUGGAUUAUUGAGUUACAAAGAGAUCAAGAAGACGUGGCCUGCCCUUGCAAGACUUAUUGACGCCAACGCGCAAAUUGGUGUGAUCGUGCAGAACUCGCUCCCUUCGGUAGCGGUUAUCACACUGAACGCAUGUUUGCCGUUCUUGCUUGAAAGCCUGACAUACAUUCAAGGAUACAAAGCACGCAGUUGGAUUGAAUACUCUUUGCUAAAGAAGUAUUUUCUCUUCCUGCUCACUAACGUUGUCUUCAUCUUCCUAUUCGCGAGUACUUACUGGCAACUCGUCCGGGACCUCGCAAACUCGCCAGCCAAGAUUCCGGAGAAGCUUGCGGCUGCGCUGCAGCAAGGUAAUGCCAGACAUUUCUUCGUGUCUUACGUUAUUCUGCAAGGCAUCGGCCUCAUGCCGCUGCAACUCCUCAACCUUGGCGUCAUUAUCCCGCGUAUUAUCUUCCGGAUGUUCGUCACUCGCACACCGCGCGACUUUGCGGAGCUGAAUGCGCCACCGAUGAUCAACUACGGUGCCGUGUAUCCGCAAGGUAUCCUCAUCUUUGUCAUUACGCUGUUGUACAGCGUCGUCCAGCCGCUGAUCGUCAUCUUCGGUGCAAUUUACUUUGGCAUCGCAUAUGUGGUUUAUAAGUACAAAUUGCUGUUCGUUUUCUAUAAGCCGUACGAAUCACAAGGACAGGCCUGGCCGAUCACGUUCACUCGCCUCAUCUGGGGAAUCAUCAUCUACCUCGUCUUCAUGUCUGGCAUAUUCAUCCUUCGGAAAUCUUACGUCCUCUCAACGCUUCUGAUUCCCCUGCUUGGCUUCACGUUACUCUGGGCGUGGUACACAGACAAGAAGUUCAAGUCACUCAGCAAAUACGUGAGCCUCAGCUCGAUAUUUGAGGUCCAGAAAGGCGCGAGUACCGCAGAGGUGACCAGGCUGAGGGCUGGUCAUCCCGUGACGUGGUCCCAGAGCUACCUCAACCACCGGCGGUAUGCGCAGAACGACGAUACCCUAUAUGUCGCGCCGGAGGACGAACGCACGGAUUACUCACAGCCGCCCAUGGCGAACUGGUACCCUGGUGUGCUAAACACUGGCAAGCGCAGAUACGGACAUCCUGCCCUUAAUGGCGUGCUUCCCCAGCCGUGGCUGCCCUUGAAGAAGGGCCAGACGCUGCGCAACGGCCCGCCAGCGGCGCCAGGCGCUUCCUCGACUGACACGACACCCGCCGUGGUGUUGACGCUUCGCAAGCGCCGAAGCGUGGCAAGGACGAUCCCGACGCGCUCGCAGACGGAACCAGUACCGCGCACAAUGGACGAUGCAACAGCGAACCCGUGGCAGGACGCACCAAGCGAACGCCCGCGGCACCUCACUCAUCGGCUAAGCUUUGACCACGCAUCUGGCGUGAUUAUGCUCCCCGAGGACGGCGCGUGGCUCGAUGAGGAGACUGACUCAGACGAGGAGGAUAGCACUGUACAGAAUGUGCAGGCGCUGCGCGUAGCCGAGGAAAUCGGGCAGCACGACGCGGAGCAGCCGACAGAGACCAGCGCGCUGCAGGCAUCUUCGAGUGGGCGGCGGUACGGGACAUAUUAUCACCAUCCCGAGCGACGAAAGCGAACGGAUUCGCGCGUGCUCAGUGGAUGACAUCCGAGGUCAUGAUCUUCUACGAAUCUGUCACGACCUGUUUCGUUUGACCCUUUCACGAACUGUGGUACAAGUAGCAAAUUUUUGUUCUUCGAAUACAUACUUAGA